AUGAAGUUCGGCGAGCAAUUGGAGCAACAGUCUGUUCCUCAAUGGAGUCUUCACAACCUCGACUAUAAUUCAUUAAAGCAUGAGAUCAAGGCACACACGACCCGCGAUCAAGCAACGGCGAUAGCCAUCCCCGGCCACCAGGAUUCAGCCCUUUCGAAAUUCGAGGAUGGACUUUUUCACGAGCUCUGUCGCCAGCACGACCGUGUCGAUCUCUUCGUCUCUAGUAAAGCCGAUGAGGUCAGCCGCCGUCUAGAUCAUCUCUCUGGUGCCAUCCAACGCCUGAUUCGGAAACACUCCGAUGAUUCCGCUCCGACAGAUUCUAUCAAAUAUCACCGACGGCUUAUCAAAUACGAAAGAGAGCUCUAUCAAUGCGGCGACGACAUCCACGCUCUGUCGCGGUUUGGCAACGCACAGAUUGUGGCCUUCCGCAAGAUUAUCAAGAAGUACAAGAAAUGGACCGGCUCUACCACAUUGGGCGCUCGGUUCAAUGAAACUAUUCUGAACCACCCCAAGAGCUUCACCCGCCGCGACAACACACCUCUUCGCUUCAAAUGCCAGGAAAUCUUGAGCACUCUUCAACGCGCCUACCCCAACCUGGACGAAUUCAGCUCCCCUUCGACCAUCGGAGACCCUCAAUCAAGACGUGGCAGUGCCGCCGCUCAACAAUCUCAGCCUCAGUUUGAGCCCUUACCACCCCCCCAAAUACCCGAAGAACCUACCCAAAGCCCAACUGUACGGUAUUGGAACGAGUACGACGACGGAAGUGAAGCUGGAACCCCUGACGAUGAAUACGCCAUUUAUAUCAACCCAUACGAGUCUACUUCGUUCCCUGGCCUCGACUAUUUACAAGCUGCCCUCUCGCUCCCCUUCGAAAAAGCUAAGCAACUAUUCCACCUGGGGAAAACCCACGAGCGGUCGCCCCUUCUCUCGGACUCUCGACCCACAACCCGCGGUUAUGGGUCCACGAGUACAGACUCCGAAGAGGACGGCUACGCAAGCUCAUCCGACUUUCCAACCCAAGGUUAUGCUGCCUACUAUGCUUUCCCUAGCAUCGGCGAGCAAAAGAAUGUGCGCUAUCGCAGCAACUUUCUCUUCUGGGGUACCGUCAGCUGCUUCCUAGCUUCGUUCCUUCUUCUCGCGAUCUCGGGCGUCCUCGUCAUGACGGGGAGGCACAAGCUUCGGGUCGAGGUCGACGCUGCUGCGGCAGUCGGCGUCGUCAUGAGCCUAUUCUUCGCCUGCGCGGCCGUGGCAAUGUCCUUGUACCGGAGGGAUCCAUUACCAAUAUCGCAUCGGCUAAUAGUGGGCAGCUGUUUCACCGCGUCGUGUAUCCUCAACGGAAUGCUACUAGUAAUAGUUGCAAGCAAUACGCCAUGA